UUUUGCGUUCGAUAGAGUUAGUUUUGAAAAAAUUGUUAAACAUGUGGAUUUUAGAGACAUUUUGUUGUUGCCUAGAUCUAUUUCAGGGAUGUAUUAUUAUAGGAAUAUCUGGUCUAGUCAUAUCUAUAGUGGGUUUCGGUGCAUCCUACCAAGCAGCUGAGCGUGACAAUGAAGCGCCAUGUAUAUUCGGUUUUGUGUUUUUCACUUUGUACGCGAUAGCCAAGAUCAUACUACUUUUGGGCGUAAUAUGGGACGUGACCCGUGUAAUCUUUGUGGCAUUUAUUCUAAGCGUACUAUUCACAAUUAUAGCUCUUAUAGCGCUUUUAGUAUGGGCAAUAGUUGAAAUCACUGCCUUGGAAGCGAUUGUCAUACUCAUAGCCAUCAUAUUGGAAACUUAUUUUUGCUGGGUAAUUUAUUCCUAUUGGCGUAAAAGUCAAAAGUGUGAUGAAUGCCCGGAGUGUAUAUAGCUGAGAGAAAUGAUUAUACGGUAAUGGAAAAUAAAUAUGCUCAAAGGGAUCAGUUUCCAAAAUA